AAACAAGUGCAUACUAUCAGAAAAUGACCAAGUUUCAAAACAAGGUCUUAAGAACAUGGUUGGCAAGAUUAAUUCUAAAACCCUCAUCAAAGGCAGAUAACAGGGACUAACUAAAUUACCAUCUCAUCAAAAUGGAUUAGAAAAUUCAGACAAUAUGAAUCAGAAUCAUCCCUUAUAUAACCCCAUCACUCAUCUCACCACGGUUCUAAAAUCCACUGGCCAGCCAAGUUCCAAACAAAUCCUAGGUCGCGAGGUUGAGCCCGAAAUGAUAAACACAUUUAAGAGAGUUCUCGAAGGGGUUUUCAAGCCAGCCAUUAACUUGCCUGGCACUAAGUUUUCGAGAGCAAAGGAAGCAAGCCUAGAUAUUGAUGAGAAGGAAGUGGUAGAAGCAGUGAGAAAGAAGAGAAUGGAAAUGGAGAGUGGAGGGAAAGCGGUAGAGAAAGGAGGUUCAACUUUACCAUCCAAUCUGGUGGCUGCAAUGAUCCAAGGAGAAUUACUUGUCUACCCCGAGUUCCACCUCGGGGCUUUGCAGGUUAUCUCGGAGUACAAGCGCGGACUUAAGAAGGACUUCUGGUUUGGUGCAAUUACAAUUACAGAAGAAGCUGUCAUUGACAACCUAACUCUACUCGUCUUUGCAGCUCAUGACACCACUUCAUUUGCCAUUACGUUCAAAAUCCUAGCUCAACUCCAGAAUGGUACUCUCGCGUUCUCCACGGUAAAACAAAUUGUCAAAAUGACAAGAAAUAAAGCGCCAGAUGAGAGCCUGACAAUGGAAGAUACCAAGAAAAUGAAGUACACAUGGCAAGUUGCUUGGGAAAGCAUGCUGCUGUUACCUCCCAUCUUUGGCUCUUUCAGAAAAGCAGUACCGACAGACAUUAGAAUCCUAAGGAUUCACCAUCCCCAAAGGAUGGAAGGUGCUGUGGACGACGUACGUAUGGGACACAUUACAAUUCAGAUUACUUCAAAUAUCCUCCAUUAUUUGAUCCGAGCAGGUUUGAGGACGGCAGGAUUCCUUCCUACGUCUUUCUUCCCUUCGGACAAGGGACAAGGACUUGUGCAGGUUACCAACUUGCAACGGUGAACAUCCUCAUCUUCGUUCACUUCGUCGUUACUCGUUAUGACUGGUCUUUGAAUUCAUCCCAAUGAAUCCAUCACCAUGGAUCCUCUUCCACUUCCUGCUCUUGGAAUGCCCAUCAAUUUUGCACCUAAGAUGCCAUCAACUGACAAUAAUAAUUAAUUGUGAAUUUUUUU